CAGCUCUGGAGAAAUGGAAUUAAGGUCCAAGGAUGUUCAUUGAUUAUUAAAAGAAAACAAAUGGAGCUAAAAUUCUACUACCUUCCAACCUGCAUGAAGAAACACUGUUGCUGAAAAGCUUUUAUUAAAGAGAUCCAAGUACCAUAAUGGUAAAGAGAUUCCUACAUGAUCUUAAGGCAUACAGGAACUGCAAAUUCUCUCAUUUGCAAUGUAUAUAGUGUCCUGUAAAAAAAAAAUUAAGAAAUUUACUAUUUGUGCUGUUAUAUUUCAGUCAAUUUUAAGUCAAAUUAAUUUGACUUCUAAAGAAUUUCAUUUUCCUGUACAAAAGUGUACAUCUUUUUCCAUUCCAAUCAAAAUGCUUACUAUGAACUUAGUUGAAAACAACCAAAAAUCUGAUUUUUUUUGCAUUACCACCAAACUGUGAGCAGUAAUACCUUUUCUGCAGAUAUUUUAACCAUGGAAACUUAUUCUGCCUCAAUAUCGCCUGUUAUAUGUAACAGCACAACUUUUAACCUAAAUGGAUCACAUUUGUGUAAUGAAAGCAUAUCUUCUAGAUUAGCUGAUAAAUCAGAACACCAACAAUAUGUUAUUGGUCUUUUCUUAUCAUGUCUUUAUACAAUAUUUCUUUUUCCUAUUGGUUUUGUAGGAAACAUUCUGAUACUGGUUGUCAACAUAAGCUUUCGUGAAAAAAUGACUAUUCCAGACCUUUACUUCAUAAAUCUUGCAGUAGCUGAUCUCAUUUUAGUUGCUGAUUCUCUCAUUGAGGUUUUUAAUCUUGAUGAAAAGUAUUAUGAUAUCACUAUUAUUUGUACCUUUAUGUCUUUGUUCCUUCAGAUCAACAUGUAUAGCAGCAUUUUCUUUCUGACAUGGAUGAGUUUUGACAGAUACAUAGCACUGGCAAAAGUAAUGAGGUCCAACAUAUUUCGCACUAUGCAACACGCUAGAUUAAGCUGUGGUCUCAUAUGGAUGGCGUCUAUUUCUGCAGCACUAGUUCCAUUUACAGCUGUGCAUUUACAACACACCGGAGAGGUCUAUUUUUGUUUUGCAGAUGUAAAAGAAAUCCAGUGGCUAGAAAUAACCUUGGGGUUUAUUAUCCCCUUUGUGAUCAUCGGUCUUUGUUACUCAUUAAUUGUUCGAGUUCUUAUAAAAGCACACAAGCAUAGGAGUCUUCGUCUGCGGCGACAAAAGGCUCUUCGAAUGAUUUUUGUCGUUGUCUUGGUUUUCUUUAUCUGCUGGCUACCUGAAAACGUCUUCAUUAGUGUUCAACUUCUUCAAAAGAAAAGCGAGCCUGUCUCUUCAAGCAGCCCAUCCUUCAGACAUGAUUAUCCUUUAACAGGACAUAUUGUGAACCUAGCAGCUUUUUCUAAUAGCUGUUUGAACCCCUUAAUUUACAGUUUUCUAGGGGAAACCUUCAGAGACAAACUGCGACUGUACAUUGAACAGAAAACAAAAAUGUCAACAUUACAUCGCUUUUGUCAGGCUGCCUUAACGUCUGUCAUUCCUGACAGUAAUGAGCAAUCGGAAGUCUGAUUUAG